CCCCAGCGGCUCUGCUAUAUCCCUAGCUGCCCGAUCCUCUCCAGUGGUUCAGGGCAAUGGCGUUGCAGUUCGAAGCCUUCUGUGCAGGGGGCCUGGCCCCAGGCUGGAGCCUGACAGUACAGGGACAGGCAGAUGCUGGAGAGGACAAGUUUGAAAUCAACUUCUUAACUGACGUGGGAGACAUCGCCUUCCAUGUCAAACCCCGAUUCUCCAGCGCCACGGUGGUGGGCAACACCUUCCAGGGAGGAUGCUGGGGACAGGAGGAGGUGUCCAGCGUGUUCCCACUGACCCCAGGAGAGCCGUUUGAGAUGGAGGUGAACGCGGAUGCAGAACACUUCCACAUUUACGCGCAGGAACACAAGGUACUGCAGUUCCCACAUCGUCACCGACCACUGGCCACCAUCACCAGAGUGCGGGUACUCAGUGACCAUCGGCUGGCCCAGGUGGAACUGGCCAAGCGGAGCCUGAGCUGGGGGGAUGGGGGCUACUGAGUGGACUACACAGUCUCCAAGAGCCAGCCUUGGUUAUCCUGCGUCCUCUGCCACUGGGAGCCAUACGCUGUGACUGCAGGGGAGCUGAGGUUCGGUGUGAGCUCCCAGCUUUACCUUCAAUAAAAUAUGAGCAGGUUA